AGGGUUUCUACAAACCAGUCUUUUCUAACACUAGUUUUGUUCCCAAUGGAGAGGAUCAUCGUGUCCAGCGACAACAUUAAGCCCGAUUCACCAACUCCCCCACACCUCAAAAUUCACAAAUUGACGAAGCUCGACCAUAUGAUAAGAUCAAUUCUUCUCCCUGUCGUCCUCUACUUUCCUUCUCCUCACUCCUCCAAUCACGACGUUGACUCUUUCAUUUCUCAAACUACACACCACCUGAAAAAAUCCCUUUCGGCUCUUCUUACCCGAUUCUACCCUUUCGCCGGGAGAGUCAACCUCGACGACAACAGCCACUCCAUCGACUGCAGCGAUCAGGGAGUUCAUUUCACAGUCGCCAAGUUCCCCGGCCACAAUCUGUCCGAUCUUCUAGAAAAUCCAGAUCGCACCGAUUUGCCAAGCCUCCUCGUACCGGGGGUUGACUUCAUUUGGCAGGAGAUUGACCCGGAGUCGAGGGUCCUGAUGAUCCAAGUCAACUACUUUGACUGCGGCGGCAUCGCCAUGGGAGUUGUUUUCUGGCAUAAGCUUGCUGAUGCUACAACUAUCACAAAUUUCUUGAUUUCAUGGGGAAAUGCCAAUCGUGGAUCUAAAAAUGGUGUCUGCCCUAACUACAUUUUCCAAUAUCUUUUCCCCCACAGACCCGAAUUCGUCGACAAGCCUCCAAUUCAAUCCCCUCUUCAGCUUACGGCCAAAUGGGCGUUGAAGCGCUACGUGUUGGACGCCUCUACAAUUUCAGUCCUUCAGCAGCUCGAAUCUUCCGGCAGCGUAAAAAAUGUUACAAAGGUCGAGGUUGUCUCGGCAAUCCUCUGGAAGUGCUUCAUGGCUGCAUCCCUCGAAAAUGGCAAAUCGGAAUCCUCUGUGAUGCUUGCGGUCGAUCUGAGAAGGAAAGCCCGGCCGCCUUUUCCGGCAGACUGCUUCGGUAAUUUCAUCUCGUUGCCAGUAGCAGGAAGUGGAAACCAUGAUCAGGCAGACCUGACGGGAAAAUUGAGGGAUGCAAUAAGCAAGAUCAACGAGAAUUUAGUUACCAGUCUGCAAGACGAUGGCUAUGGCGGGAUUCAUAAUUUCUUUGGCAGCAAACUGUUAGGCCCUAAGGAGUCUGAUGUUCUUCUUAUCUCCAGUUUGUGUGGCUUCGGGUAUUACGUCAUUGAUUUUGGAUGGGGAAAUCCAGUUUGGAUUGCGCCGUGUUGCGAUACGAGCGGUGAUUUGAAGUCGAAGUCGCUGCGGAUGGUGAAUUCAGUGUGGCUAAUGGACACGAGAAUCGGGCAUGGAGUAGAGGCUCUCGUCACUCUGAAAGAGGAGUAUAUGCCGGCGUUUGACAGCGCCAUGAACGAGCUCCGGGACCUUGCUGCAUCCAAAGGGAAAACAAUCGACCACAUAUAACAAGAAAACAAAUAAUUUAUAUUCCUGAUCAAAAAUAAUAAUAAUCCUAUAAAAAAAAUUAUAGUUGGUUUGCCUAAAUGUUGGAACUUAUUAAGAAUUUAACCCUAAACUCAGGGAUUUUUCGUGCUGUUGCGUCUAGGCCUGGGAUCACAAUCGUUAUAUAUAUCUCUUAUUAUUAAUUGGUCUCAUCACCCAAUUAAUAACUUACCGAGUUUCUACAAAUAGGAGACCCGCACUUACUAAAUACAUUUAAGCCUAAUAAAUUAAUAGAUCACUUAAUAUAGACUUAAUCUGACUAAUAGUGGA